AUGGUGGCCCGCUGGAAAGUAAAAAGCGAGGGGAAGGCGCCGGAGUCGUCGGAGUCGCCGGAGGAGAAGUGGGGCGUAGGAUGGCGCAGGAGAAGGGAGCAGGAGGAUUCCGUAAGAGUCGCUGGAGUCGCCAGAGAAGAGGUAGGCGUGGAGAAGAAGAGAAGUUGUGUUCUGAUCACGGCCGAUCUGAUUGUCGGCAUGUACAUCUGGUCGCAUUUCCUAUUUCCUGUAGUUUGUGGAAAAUCAAAUGUGAACCCACAGUCUAGGGACUUGGUGCUGCAAUUGGUCGAAAGGAUUCUCUCUGGACCGAAAGCUCGAACUAUUCUGUUAAAUGGCGUUGUUCGGAAGGGGGAACGCAUAGUACCACCUGCUGUACUUGAUCUACUCAUGCGGGCGACUUUUCCUGCUUCUACAGCUCGAGUCAAGGCAACUGAAAGAUUUGAGACGUUUUAUCCUACUCUAAAAGAGUUGGCUCUUACUGGUUCUGGUACCAAAACCACAAAGCAAGCAUCACAACAGCUUUUGCCUUUUGCCAUCCAAGCGAUUCAAGAAAGUAUAAUUGAGAUGUUGCAUUAUUAUGUGUCCUAGGCUGAUGUUUUCAUA